GAGUUUACACGAAGCCGACGUCAGUCGAGUCUACACGAAGUCAACGUCAGUCGAGCUCACACGAGGCCGCCGUCAGCCGAGUUUACACGAAGCCCACGUCAGCCGAGCUUGCACGAAGUAGCAGCCUCGAAGCGCGAACAGAGGGAUUCAGCAUCACGCUAAAUUCAACCUGAGCAUUUUUCGAAGUUUGGUUUAAACCGUUGAUUUAACAAAGUAACUGUCACCUGACGUCACCACGGCAUCGGGACCGAGGCUGCGCAGAGCUAAAAUCACAUCAACACCCGGCAAACAAAGAGCUCCUUUUUUCAACGACAUCAUUUUCCCUCCAUAUUCUAUCGUUAUGAGUCAUGUGGCCGUCGAAAAUGUUCACGGUCUCGAGCAGCAGCUUGCUGUCCUGGACUUGAGUGCAGCAGACGGACAGGGUGGAGGGACAAACCGACGAUACAUUCCUCCACAUUUACGGAACAGCGACGCUCCCACAAAUGCAGGAAACGCCUUUGCUGCGGGUCGACAGGGCGGCUACACCAUCGCUCCAACGCCAACCUACGGCUGGGAUGGUGGACGAAACAACUUUGUCAAUGGAUACCAUGACAACCGCAUGGCGGGCGGGAACUCCUUCAGCCGCGGCCCGCCCAGAAUGGAGCGGGGUCGAGGAAGCAUAGGAGGAGGUUAUCGCGGCAACAGAGGAGGGGCCUUCAACCCCAUCAACCCUGCUCAGCCAAUGGGAUUCGCCGGCUACGAAAACAAAGACGCAGGAGGCUGGAACACAAACAAAGACGCCUACAGCAGCUUCAGCAACAACAGAGGGAAAUCUGCUUUCUUCAACGACAGAGGAAACAACAACAGAGGACGGUUUGAUCAAGGGGGAUUUGGAGGAGGAGGAGGUAAUAGCCGCUGGGUGGAGGAGCCCCGAGAUGAAGGAGACUGGUCCAAACCGACUCCACGAAACGAACGACUUGAACAUGAGCUGUUCUCUGGCAGCAACACGGGGAUCAACUUUGAGAAAUAUGAUGACAUUCCUGUAGAGGCCACAGGACAGAACUGUCCUCACCACAUCGAGAGUUUCCAGGAUGUGGACAUGGGGGAGAUCGUCAUGGGGAACAUUGCUCUGAGUCGUUACACCAGACCCACCCCUGUUCAGAAAUACGCAAUUCCUAUCGUCAAAUCAAAGAGAGACCUGAUGGCUUGCGCUCAAACAGGUUCUGGAAAGACUGCAGCGUUCCUCCUGCCCAUCCUGAGUCAGAUCUACACGACCGGACCAGGAGAGGCUCUGAACGCAUCCAAAGCCACUGGACAGGAGAAUGGGAAGUAUGGGCGACGUAAGCAGUACCCUAUGGCUCUAGUGCUGGCUCCAACCAGAGAGCUGGCUCUGCAGAUCUACGACGAGGCCAGGAAGUUUUCGUAUCGGUCCAGAGUCCGGCCCUGUGUGGUGUACGGUGGAGCAGACAUUGGCCAGCAGAUCAGAGACCUGGAGCGAGGCUGCCACCUGCUGGUUGCAACUCCUGGACGUCUGGUUGACAUGAUGGAGAGAGGAAAGAUUGGACUAGACUACUGCAAUUACCUGGUCCUGGAUGAGGCAGAUCGGAUGUUGGACAUGGGGUUCGAGCCUCAAAUCAGACGUAUCGUCGAACAGGACACCAUGCCCCAUAAAGGAAUCAGACAGACCAUGAUGUUCAGUGCCACCUUCCCCAAAGAGAUCCAGAUCCUGGCCCGAGACUUCCUGGAGGAGUACAUCUUCCUGGCGGUGGGCAGAGUGGGCUCCACCUCUGAGAACAUCACCCAGAAGGUGGUGUGGGUGGAGGAAAGCGACAAGAGGUCCUUCCUGCUCGACCUGCUCAGCGCUACAGUCAUCCCCAGUGAGGUUCAGGACUCUUCUGGAGACGCCGUAGAGAAACCCGGUAAAGACUCUCUCACGCUGGUGUUUGUGGAGACUAAGAAAGGAGCGGAUGCCCUUGAGGACUUCCUGUACCGCGAGGGUUACGCCUGCACCAGUAUCCACGGGGACCGCUCCCAGAGGGACCGAGAGGAGGCGCUGAGCCAGUUCAGAUCAGGGAAAUGUCCAAUUCUGGUCGCCACAGCGGUGGCAGCUCGAGGUCUGGACAUCUCUAACGUCAAACACGUCAUCAACUUUGAUCUGCCCAGUGACAUCGAAGAGUAUGUCCACCGCAUCGGACGUACAGGACGAGUGGGGAACCUAGGCUUGGCCACGUCCUUCUUCAACGAUAAGAACGGGAACAUCACCAAGGACCUGCUGGACAUCCUGGUGGAGGCCAAACAAGAAGUGCCCUCAUGGCUGGAGAGUCUGGCUUACGAGCACCAGCACAAGAGUACCAACAGAGGACGCUCCAAGAGGUUCUCCGGUGGUUUCGGAGCCCGUGAUUACCGUCAGACAGCCGCAGGAGGAAACGCUGGAGGAUUUGGAGGACGUGGAGGUCGAAACCAGGCUGGACAUGGGGGAAACCGAGGCUUUGGAGGAGGUGGUUUCAGCAACUUCUACACCAGUGACGGAUACGGAGGAAACUACACACACUCUCAAGUUGACUGGUGGGGCAACUAGGGUCCUUCUCCCUCUCUCUCCUUCAUCCUUCCAUCUCUCCUUCAUCUAUCAUGGUCUCUGUCUUCUCUCCUUGCCGGUCUGAUUCUCUCCACUUCUCUCCUCACUGGUCUCCUUCUCUCCUCACUGGUCUCCUACUCUCCUCACUGGUCUCCUUCUCUCCUCCACAUCAAGAACCCUGUGCAUGUUAUUAAAGUAUUUAUACCCAUUUAUAUAUCCCUUCUGUGCAGUCACACCUUUGUUUUACGUACUGUUUUUAUUUCUUUCUUUGUAAAUCUUGAACACGUUAUGAGGUCAUUCUUUGAUUUUGUUAUUUUUUAACACAAGCUUUAGAUUAACUAGCUAUCUUCAAACUAGCUCUACAUUUUUCCUUCUUGGGGGGAGUGCUUAAAAAGAACCCAGAUAAAACUGAAUGUGUGUUUUUUUUUUUUUCUUUAACCCUAGAGGACCAUAUUUACAGAGCAGCCGUGAAGGAAACACACUUCUCUCCGUCACUUUUGAGUUUUAGCUCUUUGUGUUUUAUUCUGGUUUUAUGCAGAAGCUUCAAACGUCAUGUUUCUCAGUAACACAUCGCCAUGUUAAAAAUCACCAACCAACACUUUUCUAAAAUAUAUCUCGGAGAAAAUCUGACUAAAACAUGUCUGAAUAUGAUCUACAACACGUCUGAGGAGUUAGAACACGUCUGAGUUGAAAUACAUCUGAGUUAAAAUACAUCCGAUGAGUUAAAAGAAGUCUGAUGAGUCAAAACACAUCCGAGUUAAAACACGUCUGAUGAGUCAAAACAUGUCUGAGUUAAAAUACAUCUGAGUAAAAAUAUGUCCGAUGAGUUCAAACACAUCUGAGGAGUUAAAACAAGUCUGAUGACUGAAAACACAUCUGUUAAAAAGUUAAAAACAUCUGAGUUAAAACACGUCUGAUGAGCUAAAACCUCUGUCGAGUUAAAACACAUCUGAUGUUAAUCUGACUUACAUUUCUCAGAGACUGAAACAAAACUUUUUUCAUGUUUUUUAAUUUGAAGACGGUUUGGGUAAUGAUUUUCUGAUUUAAUGGGACAGAUGUCCACCAGAGAGUCUGAAGACAAACUAAACUCUGACGUUUGAGGAUCAUUCGUUUUUGUACUGUGCCUUUAACAAUCUGAACUGUAUUUUUGAUUUUAUGCCAUAGCACAUGCACAUCUAUCAGCCAACUGUGACUAAACACAAUGUGUAUUCAAUGUCAUUUAUGAAGUCAACCAUGUUUUCUUCAUUUGGAAGGAAUUAACUAAAUCAAACCUUGGCAAAAAAAAAAAAUCUGAACUCAAUCUGCGAUGAAGAAACUCGAUUCUAAAUCUUUGUAGUGAACUCAAACUCAUCAGAGCGAUGAGCUGAUGAAGCAUUUACCCACUGUGAGCACAGAGAGGCAUUCAAAUGAGAUCAUUUAACAUCGUCCUCAGUCCUCUUUGAGAGGGCUGAGGGGGUUCAGCAGUGGUUAAAUGCUUUCAAAGGAUGAGGUCCAAAAAGCUCAGUCUGAGCAUCCUAACACCCAGAUCCACCACCAGACUCUAGAUCUUAGACUACAGUCUAACUUUAGUCUGAGACCCAGACUAUAGUCUGGUAUCUUGACUUCAGACUGAGACCCAGACUACAGUCUGAUGUCUUGACUUCAGACUGACAUGCAGACCACAGUCUGAUAUCUUGACCUCAGACUGUCACGCAGACUACAGCCUGACAUCCUGACUUCAGACUGAGACCCAGACUUCAGUCUGAUAUCUUGACUACAGUCUGAUAUCUUGACUACAGUCUGAUAUCUUGACUACAGUCUGAUAUCUUCACUUCAGUCUGAUAUCUUCACUUCAGACUGGAUGUCAUUAUGUCUGGGUGUGUGGUGGUGCCGUGUUGCUCUGAGUGAACGGACUCCUCGUCCUGUUCAAACAUCAAACUCUGGAUCCAGAAAUCGUCCUUAAAAGAAAAGCAGCUGAAGAGUUCAACAUGUUGUGGCUCACUCUAUCCUGGACGGUUUCAUGAAGAGUCUGAACUGAAACCGGUCAUCCAGUUAUCUGUCAGGUGUUGAGAUGAAUGAAGGUCAGAAAGUUCAAAGGUCACAGCAGGAUCAGAUAGGUUAGGGAGGAGGUAAAGCCUCCUCUAACGCAGGUUCAGACCUGUGUUAGAGGAGCUGAUCAGUCCCUCACCUCACUAAGUCUGGGUCUAACACGGGGCCAUCAACUAAAGUUUGUUAGUAAACUAGUUAUCUCAAUAGUUACCUGGUUAGUUUGUUAGUUACCUGGUUAGUUCAGAGUCUUGGUCCUGAUCUCAUUAUGCAGCUUUGAUUCUUGUUUAGUCUUCUCAUACCCAUACUCAGAUUAAACCACGCACACACACUCGUUCACACAGUGACGCCACUUCAGUGUUUGUGUUCUGAGUAUCACCCCUCUGAAUGCUUGUGACAUGUUAGCAGUUAGCAACAUGAUUUAUGGCGCCAUUUUGAGUUUUCAACCCAGUCUCUGAACAGAAACUCAGAUUUCGUGUCGGGACAAAGAGGGAUCCGAUUUUGAGUUAGUAAAAGUCAGACUGAAGCUUAUCACUCAGAUUUUGCUGGCAUUGCUAAAGACACAUAAUUUAGCUUAGCACAGUGAGGUAGAGGACAGAUUGUGAGGGCUAAUGUAGGACUGUCAGCUGGUUGUGCUGUGAACCAGACUAGAGAUAGAAGAGGAACCCCCCCAUCACUGAUUUUAUCACCUAAGACAUAUUUUUAUUAAACAGGAAUGAUCCCUGACCGACUUUGAUGUGUCCUAUAACCGUCUGAGUUUGAAGGUUGAAGAUUAUCCUGCACGACAAUCACAGAUUAGCAUUUUAUUUCUUUAAACAUUAAACCACAACUUAUAAAAGUCAUAGCUUUACUCACCUGUAAAAGUAUGUGUUAUAGUUUUAUGUCCCUCCCAUAUGUAGCACAGGGGCUAACUGCUAGCUAACAGUUUUACAUCUGAAUGAAUGUGAAUGACUAUCCUCCGUAAGCCCCGCCCACACUUCCUGAGGUAGAUCAACACCAACCUGACAGACUCUUAAUUCAGUCUCGGUAAAUGUUAAUGUAUAGAGUUUGGUAUGAUGUCACAGACGGCAGGACACAGUGACAGUCAGUAUGGACACCAUGUCUUGCCCUCUACUGACCACCAGGGGGCAGACACAUAAAACAUCAGCAGGAGAUAGUUCCAGAGCUCAAACUGUGCAGUUUGUCUUUCCAAAACCUCUCCCUACAUGCGUAACCUCUGUUUGCACGCUUGAGUGGAGGGUCCUCCAAAGCCUGAGAGACCCUCUGAUAGCAAGUCUGCACCGAUGCUGGAUUCAUGACCAGGUGUCAAGCCGUUCAUCAUGGGAGACGCGCCGCAAAUUCAAGUUCUGUUUUGUAACGACGCCGACAGAAACCGCUUUUAUAAAGAUAUAAAUAACUCAGUCACAGAUGUAAGAAACUAAAGGUUUUACAUAUAGGCUGUUUUGAUUACGAUGCGUUGUAUUUUCACGAGUCAGCUGUUUGGUUACGAUGCGUUUAUUUAAUUGCGAUGCGUUUCAUUUUCACGAGUCAGCUCUGAAGUAAGAGGCAUUUGAUUUUCACGAGUGAGCUAUAUGGUUACGAUGCGUUUUAUUUCGUAACGAUGCGUUUUAUUUUCACGAAUCAACUGUUUGGUUACGAAAGCAUUUUAUUGUAUUUUCACAAGUAGGCUGUUUUACUAACGAUGCGUUUUAUUUGGUUAUGAUGCGUUUUAUAUUCACGAGUUAGCUCUGAAGUUACGAUGCGUUUUAUUUAGUAACAAUACAUUUUAUUUUCCCAAGUAGGCUGUUUUGGUUACGAUGCGUUUUAUUUUUACGAUACAGCUGUUAUAGUUACGAUGUGUUUUCUGUUUUUACGAAUCACUUGUGUAGUUACGAUACGUUUAUACUUCAGAGUAGGCUGUUUGGUUACGAUUCGUUUCAGUUUCACGAAAAUAAGCAGAUUAUAAACUUGAGGUGCGGCCAAAGAAGAUGUUGUGUAUUUCUCGUACUCUGGAGGGUUUUUUUUGAAUCUGCUGAAUGAAUUUAUGUGAACUAUUUAUUAUUUGCGCGAUAAGUUACCAUCGUACAUAAAGUUCCUGCCUCUGUAGUUCGAGGAGUGUGACUUGUAACAGAGUGCACUCGAUAUCUGAGUGGAAGCAGGGAGGGACUGUUUUGAGAAAGGGCCACACACACACACAUAUGCAAAAUGUGUGUUUACAUUCUUUAUAUACACACACUGAUUUACCCGUUAGCUUUGAUUAUUAUCGCUAACAUACGAAGAACAUUUAACUAUCACUGUGCCUGAUAAAUAGAAUUCGUCCAAAAUGUUCGUGUCCAGAGUUAUAGAUUUAUUUCGGGACGUUUUUUUAAAAGAGAACGUUUUUAAUCAUCCGCAAAGAGAUGAAACCUGAGAGACUCGUUUCCAUCGUCAGGUCGCUAGUCUGAAAUAUUACCACGUCAAUGCUAAAUACGACCUGCGAUAUAACACACAGGUGAUCACGUCCCCUGUAGUUCCUCUAUAAUAAGUUAGCUCCGUUGUCACAAUCAGCACUUUAGUUUUCAGGUCUUUGAACAUUUUCAAAACCUUUCAAUGCCUUAAAUUCCAGGUGAUACCCUGUGAAGUUAUAGUCACCAUGAGAACAUGCUUGUAUGGUUUGUGAACACUUCUUGGUGCUACACCAACAUUGCUGCGUCAGAAAGACUACAAAUCCCAGCAUGCUUUACAGGAAGUUACUUUGUUUGUGUGUGAGCAUGUCUGUGUGUGUAGGAGUUCUUCCAGGUGUGUGUUUAUAGUUUAUUUUAGGGGGCGGGGGGGGUAUUUGAUUAUUUGUGUGUGUGUGUUUUUCAGCUGUUCGCACACAGGUGUGUGUGGUUGUGUAGUUUUCGGGAGGUAAAGUAUUUAUUUUUGUACCUGUAGAGUCGAACACAGCGCCCUCACUAACAGAAACACAGACAGUGUAGGGACGAACGUUGGUCUAUUUUUCUGGGGUAGUGUGAGCUUUGAAAUGUGAGAGACGGACGAGCUCGAGGUCUCUGCACCAUGUCACAAAACACAGAGAGAGGGAAAGAGAGAGAGAGAGAGAGAGAUUAAACCGCGCCACACAAAGAUAAACGUCAACAUUCAAACUGGUUUCUUCUUCUUCAUCUGGUUUCAUUGAUCCUGAAGUCCUCCGAGGGAAUCCGCCGGUGUUCCUGUGACAUGUCGAGAGACGUCGUGCUCGUGUUUCCUUUAAACUCUCGUUGGACUCAGUCGCCAAUAAUCACUUACCGCCAUCUUUAAAAUCGGCAAACUCAAUCUGAGACCAUGAUGCCAAGGUUUGGAUUCAAAUUUAAAAAAAAAUGUUCUGAUCUUUUAUAAAAAAAUAAAAACGUGCAGUACAAAAAAAAUCAGAUUCUCUCCAAUCAGACUUUGAUUUUUGAUUUCCCUUCCUGAAACCCCCUCGCUGUGAACGUCUUAAGGUCUUUCUCACACAGACUGAACUGUGCUUAUCGCUGUGUUGUCGUGAUAUUUUCAGGUUAGUGUGUCAGUGCUCAGGUGGGACACUCUGACCAAUCAGGUGCCAGGUUAUUUAUGAACUUAAUCUCGCAGCAGCAGCAGCAGCAUCCGAAGAGAAGUGGAACUGGGCCCGUUGAUUGGUCAGACCCCCCCGCAGCACACCUGCCUGUAGUUAGUAUUUGCUUUCUGUAUUAGUUUAGCUGCAGUUUGCACGAAGAGGAGCACUGCACGAAGAAGAAAAAUAAACUGUGCAUCUAUUCUGAUUUUACCACCAAUAAAGUUUGGAUCUGAAA